UCAUUUAUUGUAGUCACAUGUACCUAAGUACAGUGAAAAGUUUUGUUUUGUGAGCAGUACAGGCAGAUCAUAGAAAACAAGGACAUACACCCCAUCAUAGGGAGCUUAGACAGAGCAAGGCACACAAGAUUAUGGUGGCAUAGAAGGUGCACAAAGUAAGAUCAACAUUAACAAGAUCAACAUCACUAGAGAGGUCCAUUCAGCAGUCUAAUAACAGCAGGGAAGAAGCUGUUCUUAAACCUGUUGGUGUGCGUGCGUGUGUGUGUUCAAGCUUCUGUCUCUUCUCCCUGAUGGAUGAUGUUGUAGGAGAGCAUUACUGGAGUGAGAGGGGUCUUUGUUGAUGUUGGCAGCCUUUUCAUGGCAACGAGAAAUGUAAAUGCAGUCCAUGGAUGGGAGUUGGCUUCCGUGAUGGUCUAGGCUGUGUAGAUAAUUUUCUGUAGUUUCUUGCAGUCCUGGACAGAACAGUUGCUGUUCUAGGCCGUUGUGCACCUGGAUAGAAUGCUUUCUGGAGUACAUCUGUAAAAGAUGGUGAGGGUCCAUAUGGUCAUGCCAAAUUUCCUAACCCACCUGAGGAUAAAGAGACAUUGUUGUGCUUUCUUGACUAUCACAUCUACAUGGGAGGUCCAAGACAAAGUGUUGGUUAUUGCCACUCCGAGGAACUUGAUGCUUUCAACCCUCUCCACCUCAGCUCCGUUGUUGUAGAUAGGGGUGUGUCCUGCUCCUUUCUUCCUGAAGUCAAUGAUCAGUUCUUUGGUUUUUCUGACAUUGUGAGACAGGUAAUUAUCAUUGCACCACAACGCCAAGUAUCUAUCUCCUUCCUGUAUUCUGAUUCAUUGUUGUUUCAUAUCAUCCUAACAUGGCGGUGUCAUCAGCAAACUUAUAGAUGCAUUUGUACGGAAUUUGGCUACAUGUACCUAAGUAUAGUAGGGGGCAGAGUAUGUAUCCUUGCCUGGUGCUAGUGUUGAGGAUUAUCGUGGAGGAACUGCUGUUAUCUAUCUUCACUGAUUGAGAUUUAUGGGUCAGGAAGCUCAGGGUCCAGUUGCAGAGUGCGGAGCUGAGACUUGGGUCUUGGAGUUUUGAGAUUAGUCUGGUCGGGAUUAUGGUAUUGAAGGCAGAGCUGUAGUCAGUUAGUAGGAACCGGACAUAGGCAUCCUUGUUAACCAAAUGUUCCAGGGAUGAGUGUAGGGCUAGGAAAGUGGUGUCUGCUGUGGACCUGUUUCACUGGAGGCAAAUUGCUGGGGAUUGAGGCAGGCUGGGAGGCUAGAGGUGAUGUGGCCCAUGACCAGCCUCUGUAAGCACUUCAUUAUUAUGGAGGUCAGAGACUGUGGAUGGUAAUCACUGAGGCACUCAAAUGCAAAAUGUAUGGGUUUCUUUCAGACACAUAAAAACUAUAUUUUGGAUUGCAGCCUAUUAGUGACUGAGACACGUGUGGCAAAUAUAGUGAGGAACAAGUGACUUUCGAUCAAUGGUUCCUAAAGUUCUCCCUCAGGUUUUACUCACUUCAUCUCUGUGUCUGUUGUAGACUCGUUGACAAGAGAAUGGUCGCUCUAUCAACAACUUGUUGAAUGAUAUAACUCCUGGGGUGGGAUAAACUGAAUUAGACCUUUUUGUGCCUAACAACUCCUACUUUUUCUUUUUAAAGAUUAUCUUACAUCUGUAACAUCAUCUGAGAUCUAUUAUGCCUUAUGCGGAACACGAUAUCCCAAGCGUCACAGAAAAUGUGUAUUAAGUGCAAUGUUGUUUUAUACAUUGGCUUUUGUGGGCGUUUGAACUUCAACUAAAGAAUAAUGAACAUAACAUUUUCCUAAAUGGAAAGUCCAAAAAAACCUGAAUGGCUCUUGUGAUGGUAACACGAGUGCGUUAGAUUUAAAUAGUAUUCCACAGUGAGUAUGCAAGAUCCUAUUUCACUUUUAUAUGUGAAGAUAUGCAAAGGAACAAAAACACGUUGGAAUACAGACACAAACGGUUGCAUUCUAGAUAUGGGUUAAAGGAAAAGCGUUAAAAAGUGAUUGUCAACGAGAUUUGCUCCUGCAGCCCUGCAACGUGGCGACUUCCAACCUCCCCCAGCACGGUCACGCCCUCUCCCCAAUCGGAAGCGCCUUAACAAAACGGCACUCUGCUUUCUAACCUGCAAUCGGAGUGUUGAGUGGCUCAGUCCCACAUCAAAGGCUGAUACAUGAAGCGGAGCAGUGGGGGACGAAGUUAGCCGCUGGGUUUGAAAUAACUUUGUAACUUAUAUGGGACAGAAUUCUGUGCGUAGCUUAAAAGAAGCGGUCGCUCCACAUAUCAACGGGGGUCGGUUCAAACAGGUUGCAUUUGUUCCAAGAUAUUACAACAUGGGGAACCCACGCCUACUUUGUUUGCUGCUUCUCUGUGUGGCCGGAGGCUGCCCCAAGCCCACUUUGAGACACGAGCGGGUCCAUCAAGAGCCACAGCUCAGCGAUCAGGUACACGCCGACUCGGAAAACUUCCAGUACGAUCACGAGGCCUUUUUGGGCAAGGAAGAAGCCAAGACGUUCGAACAGUUGACCCCGGAGGAGAGCGUGGAGAAUCUGCGAAAAAUUGUGGAAAGGAUAGAUGCCAACCAGGAUCAGUUUGUAACCACUGAAGAGCUGAAAGCAUGGAUUAUACGGGUGCAGAAACGUUAUAUUUAUGAAAAUGUAGCAAAAGUGUGGAGGGACUAUGACCUGAACAAAGACAACAAAAUUUCCUGGGAAGAAUACAAAAAAGCGACGUAUGGCUACUAUCUUGACAAUCCUGAAGAGUUUCUAGAUGCAGCAGAUCAGCUCAGCUUUAAGAAGGUGCUUCCUCGAGAUGAGCGGAGAUUCAAGGCUGCAGAUAUUGAUGGAGACAUGGUGGCCACCAGAGAGGAGUUCACAGCCUUUCUUCACCCAGAGGAGUUUGAGCACAUGAAAGAAAUUGUUAUAUAUGAAACACUUGAAGAUAUUGAUAAGAAUGAAGAUGGAUUUGUUGAUGAGGAUGAGUACAUUGCUGAUAUGUAUGCACAAGAAGAAGGUGUUCCUGAGCCUGAAUGGGUCAAAACAGAGCGGGAGCAGUUUUCUGAUUUCCGUGACAUAAACAAGGAUGGAAAGAUGGACAAGUCUGAAAUCAAACAUUGGAUCCUCCCGGAGGAUUAUGACCACGCACAGGCUGAAGCUAGACAUCUCGUCUACGAAUCUGACAAGAACGGAGAUAAAAGAUUAUCAAAACAGGAAAUUCUCGACAAUUGGAAUAUGUUUGUUGGCAGCCAGGCCACCAACUACGGGGAAGAUUUGACUCGAAACCAUAUUGAGUUGUGAUAGCAACAAAGAAACUAAAGUUGGCGGUGUGAUACUUCUCCCACUUAUAAACAAUUAGCAUAUUUCUGUUGAAGACACAGGAGCGGACUAAUGGACUGCAAGUACUUACCAUAUGUAAAGUGACUGAAGCUGUUACGCCAAUCUCACUUUCUUAAUGUAGUCCAUUCUUUACCUCAUUAACUCAUGGGCUACCUUAGUCCAUAUGUUUGUUUACACCAUUGGUGAGUGAGGGCUAAUCCAUGUGUAUAGUGUAGAGCCUUUAUUUCAAUACAUAGUAUAGUUGUAUAGUUUAAAAUGCUGGGAGUGUUACGCACAUUCAUUUAUUUUUCCUUUCGCAUAGGAUUUAAAAUGUCAGAUCAUUUCCACCCAAUUACAAGAACUGUUCUUGUAAGUAAUGAAACACCAGGCAGAUCUUCCGCUAAGAAGUGUUAUCUGGUUGUGUUCUGAAUUAAUACUAUAUGUUGUGCUAUUAUGACCGUGUGCAUUACAGAAGAUAACAUAUUAAGUUGAUUUUAAUAUUGGUUUCCAAAACUGUGAAUGCCACCGUUUAGGAGGAAGCAAUCAUCAGGUAUUUGGGAACGUCAGUGCACAUUCCUCUCCAAAUCACACACCACUCUGAUUGGAAAUAUAUUGCCAUUUCCAUCAAGGUCACUGGGUCAAAAUCCUGGGUCUCCCAACCUAAUAGCACUGUGGAUGUACCGACACCACCAUACAGCAGUUCAAAUAGAUGGAUCAUUGCCAGUUUCUCAAGAACAAAUUAGGGCUGGUUAAUAAAUGCUGGUUUUGCCACCAGUGCCUGUGUCCUGAGAAUGAAAUUAUAAAAAAAUCCUGCAAUCUGUCUUUUUGAAUGGUAUUAAUUUUUCAUUGCCUUUUUUUUUAGUUCUAUACUGAUAAUGUUUGAAAUAAUUGAGCCACCAUACUCAUUGACCUAAUUCACAUGAUGUUUUUCCGUGCAUUUCCUGGUAAACUAAACUUUUUCAGUUGGUAUGUUCCAAAUGAUGCAAUGGGUUGUUCUGUGUUGGGUCAUCUGAACAGGUUACUUGGGCACCUAGAUCUGAAAAGGAGGGACAGUGAAAAAUCAGUAAAAAGAAACAGACUACCAAUGGUUUAUGGCACCAAAUGAAAUAAAUUAGUUUCAGUGUUGACAGUCAGAUUUAUUCAAUAGUUGUUAAUUAUUAGAUUUAGAUUUAGUCAUUCUUUUUAGGUUGGUUGAUAAAUGUUGUGUUGUAGACACAACAAAAACUUGCAUUUAUAUAGCAUCUUCAAGAGGAAAUAAACAGCAAUAGUUGGAAAUGAAUGUACUAGACCUCCAGUAAUUUGAAACUUUAAUAGUUAUUUUUUUCCAUUGGGACUUUAAUAAUGUUAUGAGCUAUGAGAUAUGUUGUGACUAGUCUAAAGAUUGGUCAGGAAAGUAGCUUUUAAGACAUGUGGGAGGUUUUAAGAAAGGAAUUCUAAAGUUUGGGCCUGGGCAGCUGCAGGUACUGCUGCUGAUGGUGGAUUGAAUAAAAGCAAGCUGAGAAAGAGGUUAAAAGUGGAGGAGUGCAGAGAUUGUAGAGGAAUGUGGAACUGGUGGCAGUUACACAGAUAGGAGUAAGGUCAUGAACAGAUCUGUACAGAAGCAUGAGAAUUUUAAAAAUGGAUUAUUAACAAUUGCUUCCAUUUCUUUGAAUAGUUUGUUGAAGGAAACUUGUGCCAAGCAAUCUGACAUAUCAGAGACACUGUAUGUCAGGAGAGGUGGAAGUGAGGUAGGGCUGACUGUGAUAACUGAACAUCUGGAAUGCACUUUUUUAUGAUGUUGCGUAAUGGCAGCAUGUAAAAAGUGACUCCAAGGAUAGAUCUAUGGGGGAAUUCCUGAAGUAAAGAUGUAAGGAAAAGGAAAGCAGGUGAUUCUCUGUCUGCAGCUGGAUAGUUAGAUAAUGUUAGAAUUAGAAGAUGACUUCAAGUAGAAAUGGGGGUAACGGAGUUAAUUAGCACUUUUGCACCUUUCGAUCUGUUAUGUCUGAUUAUAUCCACCAUUUCGACAAAUAAUAUCAUUUUAUGGGAUUAUAAUCAGACUGAGAGCCAAGUGAUAUGGAGUACUUGCAUUUCAGACUUUUUUUUCUGUGGACACAUAGAUGGAUUCUUUCAUGAAGAAUUUAAUUUUGUUCAAUUCAACUGUACAUAACACAGUUCAGUGAUGUGGUGUUGGCCUGAUACUAAAAUUCCUUGUGGCACGAAAUGAUGUGUGAUAAUGUGUAGGGACCACUUUGCGUUAAAUAUAAGUCCACUUGCUUCACUUCUGGCACUUCUUGCACUUUCCAAAUCAGAGGUGAAUGCUCCUUGGUUUGGUGCUCACCUUCAUCGGCUAUCUAAAUUCUCCAGAAUAAACGUUGCCAAUGAUUCUAGUGAAAUACACCAAAACCAAUUACCUUACUCUUGAGUUCUUGUGUUAGUUCACAUUUCUGUAUUCGUUUUAAGGUAAGAAAACAUCCCAAAGCCCUUCAAAGGAAUGUGAUCAACCAAAGUUGGACAUGGUGUUGCAGAAGGAGAUUUAAGGACAGAUGACUAAAGGUUUCAUUAAAAAACCGGUUUUAUGGAUCAUCAAAAAAGAGAAAGAAAGAGAGGUGGAGAGGUUUAAGGUUGGAAUACUAGAAUUAAAGAGCUAGGCAGUUGAGGUUAUAGCCACUUCAACAGAUUAAAAUCAUAAAGCCCAAGGGCAAAGAAUUGGAGGAGUGUCAAAAUCUCAGAGGGCCGAAUCACUGGAGGAGGGUCUGACAGUGGUAGGGAGAGGUGAAGCCAUGGAACAAUUUAAAUACAAUGUUAUAUUUUAAAAUCCAAAUGUUGCUUGGGAGCCAAAGUUGACCAGCAAACAUAGGAGUGAUGGAUGAAUGCGACUUGAUGCAAGUUGAGGUGCAGACAACAGAACUUUGGAUGAGCCAAAUGGCAGUGAAUAUGAAGCAAAACAAGUGAAAGAACUUAAAGAUUGUCUUGAAUGGUCUGAAGUUGCCAGGCUGGAUUUGAAGCAUUGUGCAAACGCUACUAAAACCCUAAUGAAGAUGUAUUGCUUAAAAAAAAAAGUGAGCUAAAUAGUAUUCCCACCAUGGGAGUUUGGGCAUGGGGUGCUUUAUAAGUAACUACUGGGAUGGAGACAGUAACAUCACUUAAAAGGGAAUUGGACAAAUAUUUGAAAAUGUACAGUUUAAAAGGAUUGAGGGAAAGGCCGAGAAUGAAAUGAGAAUGGAUAUUUAAAUUGAAGAUCACUAUUACAAUGAUCAAAGAACCAUCAACUAUAAUACAGUUUUUAUGAUUUUAUGCAGCACCAAACAUUUACAAAUCUUGUUAUAUUCUUUUUUUGUCCUAACUGCUACGUUAACAUUUUAAAUGUAUAGUAUAAAUAAUAUUUAUAGAUUGGAACAAAACAAAAUGUUUUUCAGUAAGUAGCUUUCAAAGAUACUGUCAGUGGAGCUAUUACCAUUUACAUCAUUCAUUAAAAUAAAACACUUUGAUAUAACGUUUCUGAAAUUCAUUGUCUUUAAAUAAAAUUAAACUCCAUUAUGGCUACAAUGAUGGGUUGAUGAUUAUUAAGGCUGAUGAUUGCUGUUUUAAUGAGCUUAUGUCAACCUACUAAUAGAUGGUCACCAGUUGUCUUGUACGAGUUACUGAGCCAGGUUGCUGUGUAGGUGGCUGAAACUCCUCAUUUGAAAAUUUUAUGCAAAAUAUUUAAUUAAUAAAAGGCAUUAUUCAAUGAUGUUCCUCUUAAAGAGUACAGCAUCAUAAAAUACAGAGCAGUUGUGGCAUUGAAUUAAGUGUCUCAUUACAUCACUAUGUGCUCUGUGCUCUUGUACAUCUAUAAAAUAUGAAGAUGCAAAUCUCAUUGUGUAACAAUAAAGUUCAUGAUUUUGUGACUCAUUGGGGUUAUAGAAAAUUACUGUAAGUUAAGUAAUACAAUAUCAAGGCAAACAUGACUGAGCUGCCAGCCUACCACACAUGUAGUCCCACAGAACAACAGGGCCCACUGAUGAAGGAAACUCUAUGAAAUGAACAACUAGUUUCUUAGUCAAGGGUCAGUGAACAUCGCAAGGCAGCUUUGGUCCUCUUACUUACGGAAAGAUAUUACUUCAUUGGAGGGAGUUCAGAGAAGGUUCACGAGGAUGAUCCCCAUUAUGGAGGGAUUGUUUUAAGAGCAAAGGUUAAACAGUUUGGAAUUUUACUCAUUGGAAUUUAGAAGAAUGAGAGGUGAUCUCAUUGUAACAUUUAGGAUUCUUAAGGGCCUUGAUAGGAUAAAUAUGAGAGGAUAUUUUGUUUCAUGGGAGAAUCUAGGACCACAGGGCAUAGUCUCAGAAUUAAGGGGUGCCAAUUUAAGACUGG